ACACGACAAGCUCUGAAGAUAACAGAAAAAACCCCAGUACAGAUACGUCUUAUCUUCCCAACUUCGUCUCUUGCUCCACAGGCAGGCUGCAAUUACAAACUUACAAAAAACGAUCUAUCUUAUUUUUUCCCAGGCAACUUGAAUGUGUGUCCGUAGAAAUAAGGCUAAUUUCUUCCUAGAUAGAAAUCCGUAAGACUUAUUAAAAGCUGACACAAUAUGUCGUUAUCUCGCUGGAGAACCAAAAAAAAAAAUAAAAAAAAAUAAAAUGCACUGCAUUUCAACGUUGAAUCCGCCUUCGUCUUCGUUUCGAUUUGACGUUAUGAUGGUUUUUUUGGGUUGUUUUUUUUUACGUACGUACGUACUUUUUCUUUUUUCUUCUUUAUUAAGUGUCUUCGUCUUUUCGACUGAUACGAUACUAUAUUUACUUCUGUUUGUAGGCUGUUAUCUGUGUCAACCGUAACGCAGUUGCACGGCUGCAUUUUGCUCAGCACAAUAGCCUUAUAGCCUUAUAGAAAACGCAAUUUUCGAACCACUGUUCUUGGAAUAAACAGAGCGUCUUUCGCGAAUGAUAUAACAGCCAGUCAACUGAGUUUGGAGGGAGACCCGGAUAAGCGUACUUGGUCAAAAAUAAGCUGUCCUUGGCGCUUGACCCGGAAGCCGAAACUGAUGCCGGAAGCAGCACCUGUCAAGGCAAUGGCACCAACAUGGAGGACAGCGAACACUACCCAUCUGGGAAUCGCACCGACUCGGAACUACUGCGCCGAAUCCCGACCCACGCCACAAACGGAGGCAUGAGACGAGUACCCCCGGGGACCAAACGGUUCAACCGGCGUCGCUCCAUCCCCCCGGACUCCGCUGGGGGCAAAGACGAGAAGUUGGGGAAAGACAAGAAGAGCGACGAAAGGCUGUUUCUCGUUGAUGACGACGACGACAACGACAGUUUGGACAGUAUGAUUCUGGAGAGGAGGAUGUCCCGGAAGAGGCGACAGGAGAAGAAGCAGAGGCGGAAGUGGAGAGCAGGUCAGUAUCGCAGACAGACGUCCUUCGCCGAUCCAGGAGGCCAAGGGCGGCUACUCUGACACGGACUCCGAGACGAGUAGCGUCUUCUCCUCUUUCCGAGACAGCAGCUUCUCAGAUAAUGGGACGUGUUCCCCCUACCCGGGCCCGCUCUUACUCAGGAUCAUCCGCCAGGACGCAGUGAGCCUCAACAGCAGCUGUUUUAGUCUGGCGUCCGCAAACACAGAUAGCCGCUGUGGGGGUCUGGGGGCGCGCUCUCAGAUGGGCUCCUCAGACCCUCUUAGCGCCAGGUCCAGGGAUAGCCUCAGGGCUACGUCACCGGUCGUGCACGAGAGAAAGGUCAUCUCAUCUAAGAGUAAAGAGAGCCCCAAAGGAGGGAGUGAGAAGUCCUUGACGCGAUGGAAAAACGAGGGCUUUGAUAACUGCUUCGUCUUCACUUUGCACCACACACCAGGAAAAGGCCAUGAAAUCUUGGAGUGGAACGGAGAGCGACUCAGGGGCCAGACGUUUGAUCAAGUAGUGACCACUGUGUCCAAUGUCCAGCCCCAUGUACAGAUCGUGCUGGAUAGACCUGAGUGCAGACCGGAUGAGGGGAAAACGGCCCCAGAGGAAGUCAUGAAGCCAUCGCAGAGCUUAGACAGAACAGCCACAUGGAGCCCCACGAUAGACCAGGCUGGAAAAGGCGGGAAGAGAAGGAUGCUGCCCAAAACACCUGUAGAAAUCAAACGUCGGACCCGUCGUGUGCAUGGUGAGCUACAGUUGCGCCUUCAUUAUCAGGCGCAGAGGGCGAGCCUAGCUGUGACUGUACUGAGGGCAAGACAUCUGUGUCCAACGUACCACAUAGACCCCGCGCCUCCCAGUCCUUUUGUCGUCAUCUCUCUGGUUCCUUUCAAACGAGGCAGAGACAGCAUGGAGACAGAGAUCAAGGCCUCCAACACCCAACCCGAGUGGGAGCAAACCUUCCUGAUGACCGGGAUUACCCUGACAGAGCUCGCCACCAAGUCUGUCCAGGUGACGGUGUGGAACUACGAGACCAGCGCUGACGCCUUCAUGGGGGAAGUUCUUCUGGACCUGGCACAGGCUCCGCUGGAUAACGAGGUUCUGACGAGAGCUACCACAGUGACGCCCACCGGGGCCCCAACGACAGAAGUGACAGGAGUGGCGCACAUUCCAGGAGCCCGAGUCUGAUGAAGAGAGGACAGAACAGUUCCCACCAGAGCAUGGACCUACUUGCUCCGCCCCAAGCCCCCAGCAGAACCAACAGCAGCUCCAGCUUCUUCAUCUCCGACGACGAGGAGAGCCAGGGCCGCUUCAGCACUUCCCCCGUGGCCCCCGACCGGCCGGCCCCAGACGGAGACGACAUUACGUCAACACUGGGACCUGGACAGAUCCCACCGAAACCUUCGGCAGGUCAACAUCUGGGAAAAAGCUGGAAGUUUCGAGAAGAAAUUAUGUCGCGGUGAAGUCCUGGUCAAGCUGGACUGCCUGGACCUGUCUAAGCACACGAUGGCCUGGUACAAGCUGUUCGAGAUUAACUCCACUGACUACGGCUCAGACGAAUUCCUCAACUCUUGGUGAACACAGACGUGGUGAACUGACAGAUGGUUUAAGGAUGGACAAGUUCCUCAACUCUUGAUGAACACAGAAGUGGGAACUCUGACAGAUGGUUCAAGGAUGGACGAAUUCCCCAACUCUUUGUGAACACAGACGUGGGAACUCGGACAGAUGGUUCAAGGCUGAACGAAUUCAUCAACUCUUGGUGAACAAAGAUUCCUCAAUUCUUGGUGAACACAGACUGACCGAUGAUUCAAGGAUGGUCAAAUUCCUCAACUCUUGGUGUACACAGAGGUGGUAAAACGGACAGGUGGUUCAGGGAUAUGGUCACCGUUUUAUAUGAGGCGUGCUCGUAUUUUGUAGGCGAGGUGUACAAAAUGAAAUAUUUUUUAGUAUUACAUUAGCAUGGAUAGAACUAGGGAACCGUAAAUACUGCCCCUCCUCUCCCGUCCGCUACACACAAAUUCUUUGUCCAGAUACCAAAUUCAUGAAAAAGUGUCAAGUACCUAAACAAAGGAGGUGGCGUCGGUGGCCUAGUGGUUAGGCUUCCGGACCCGUAAUCGUGAGGUUACGGGUUCGGGGG